GGAGUGAGCUCCCGGGAUCCCCUCGCCCCUCCCCCCCGCGCCCAGUGAGUAAUGACAUUCACGGGGAAGGGAGGGAGCGAGCGAGCGAGCGAAGGAGAGGGGCAGGCUCGGCGAGGCCAUGUGAUGCUGGGCGAGAGAGCCGCCGCCGCCGAAGCCUCCUGCUUUCCUCCCUCGGAUUUCGGGCUGUCAUGGCGACCCCCAACAACCUGACCCCCACCAACUGCAGCUGGUGGCCCAUCUCGGCGCUGGAGAGCGAUGCGGCGAAGCCGGCGGAGGCCCCCGACGCACCCGAAGCGGCCAGCCACGCCCAUUGGCCCAAGGAGAGCCUGGUUCUGUACCACUGGACUCAGUCCUUCAGCUCGCAGAAGGUGCGGCUGGUGAUCGCCGAGAAGGGCCUGGCGUGUGAGGAGCGGGACGUGAGCCUGCCACAGAGUGAGCACAAGGAGCCCUGGUUCAUGCGGCUCAACCUGGGCGAGGAGGUGCCCGUUAUCAUCCACCGCGACAACAUCAUCAGCGACUACGACCAGAUCAUCGACUACGUGGAGCGCACGUUCACUGGAGAGCAUGUGGUGGCGCUGAUGCCGGAGGCAGGCAGCCCGCAGCACGCGAGGGUGCUGCAGUACCGCGAGCUGCUGGACGCGCUGCCCAUGGACGCCUACACGCACGGCUGCAUUCUGCACCCCGAGCUCACCACCGACUCCAUGAUCCCCAAGUACGCCACGGCCGAGAUCCGCAGACAUUUAGCCAACGCCACCACAGACCUUAUGAAAUUGGACCAUGAAGAGGAGCCCCAGCUCUCUGAGCCCUACCUUUCUAAACAGAAGAAGCUCAUGGCCAAGAUCUUGGAACACGAUGACGUGAGCUACCUGAAGAAGAUCCUGGGGGAGCUGGCCAUGGUGCUGGACCAGAUCGAGGCUGAGCUGGAGAAGAGGAAGCUUGAGAACGAGGGUGGGUGCCAGUUCUGGGGGCAGAAAUGCGAGCUGUGGCUCUGCGGCUGUGCCUUCACCCUUGCGGAUGUCCUCCUGGGAGCCACCCUGCACCGCCUCAAAUUCCUGGGACUGUCCAAGAAAUACUGGGAAGAUGGCAGCCGGCCCAACCUGCAGUCCUUCUUCGAGAGGGUCCAGAAACGCUUUGCCUUCCGGAAGGUUCUGGGCGACAUCCACACCACUCUGCUGUCGGCGGUCAUCCCCAACGCGUUCCGGCUGGUCAAGCGGAAGCCGCCAUCCUUCUUUGGGGCGUCCUUUCUCAUGGGCUCCCUGGGAGGGAUGGGCUACUUUGCCUACUGGUACCUCAAGAAAAAAUACAUCUAAAGCCAGGCUCCGGGCUUGGUGUCUGAC